AUUAUUUACAUGGUAUUCAGAGCCUUGUAGAAUUCUUCUCUACAUUUUUUUUUUCUCCGUCUCCUCCUCAUGGAGAUCACACAAGCUACCACUCUUGUUCAACUCAACGCCCCAACGAACUUUCCCAUCAAAUUAUCUGCAACCAACUUUCCGGUAUGGCGCCGGCAAAUUGAAGCCACUCUCAUCGGGUUUGAUCUUCUUCCAUACAUCGAUGGUUCUCUUAUUGUUCCGUCUCAGUUCAACGAUGAUGCCAAGAAGGUUCCAAAUCCAUGCUAUUCCACGUGGUUCCGCCAGAAUCAGAUCCUUAUUAGCGCGUUUCUUGGGGGCUGCACCGAACCUGUUCAACCCCUUCUCUCGGCCGUUACCACCGCAAAGGAGGCCUGGGAUGUUCUUCUCACCAGUUAUGCAAAUGCCUCUCCCGGUCGUAUUCUUGCACUCAAAAGCAAACUCUCUCGUAAUCCCCGUGGCAACAGAUCCAUUCCGACUUACUUGAAAGACAUGCAAGAGAUUGCCGGUGAUUUGGCAUUGGCGAAAAAUCCUGUUUCUGACACUGAUUUGCAGAUAUUUAUUCUCAAUCAGUUAGGAGAUGAUUACCGAUCUAUUAUCAGUGCACUCCGGGUACGUAAUACACCCACAUCCAUGCUUGAACUUUCAGAGAUUCUCACGGAUCAUGAACGUUUACUCAAAGAUUCUGAAGAUGAUGGACCCUCUUUUCUGCCUACCGCUAAUAUUACUCAAAGUCAGCCUUCAUCUGGGUCUGCUUUAUCUGAUUUCCGCAAGCGAGAUCACCUCUCUGGGCAUCGCAGCAACUCCGGACACCGUCCGACUCAGUCCUCUUCUGGUAGUGUUUCUCCAGUCCCUGCGGCUGGCCGCUCACGUGCAGUUUGUCGUUUUUGUAACUUUUCAGGUCAUGUAGUCAAAGAUUGCCGCAAACUUGCCCGAUUUUUACGGGAUAAUCAAAUUCAUACACCGCCUGUUGUCAAUACUAUGACUCACAGUGAUCUCUCUGGAUCUUCUCAACCAUGGCUUUUUGACUCCGGAGCGUCUCAUCAUGCAGCUUCCGGAGUGGCUUCCUUGCAGGAGUUUUCAACUUAUGAUGGUCCUGAUGAAAUCCGCCUGGGAAACGGACCAGAAAACCGGCACUCACAUCAUGAGGGGUAGAAAUGUCAACGGUGUUUAUUAUGCUCCCACCACUGUUGGUUCACCUACAAUCAAUGCUACCAGUUUGUCUUCCGUGUCUCAUCUUCAUCAUAGCCUGGGACACCCAUCAAAUAAGAUUCUAGUUACUCUAUUGAAUAAAUGUGACAUGAAUGUAUCAUCCAAGGCCAUUCGUGACUUUACUUGUACUUCUUGUCAUAUUAAUAAAAGUCAUAAAUUACCUUUUGCAGUUAAUUCUCUUACUAGUUCUCGUCCA